CAGGUUACUCAGCAACCUGACGUAGCCCCAGGCUGUGAAGUCCUCCUCGCCGGUGUCGGGUAUCGCGGAGCAGCGGAUCACAAAUGAAGCGCGGCUCCUUUAAGGGGCCGAGAACUGUAGCCACGUCUUUGGUUUACCAGGUCAAGGAAUACUUAAAAGGGAUAUAAACUUUCUAUAGCCUUGUUUUAUUUCCCCCCCCAGAGGUGCAUUGAAUUACCGUGCCCACACGAGCAUGGCUUCCACAGGUCCAGCUUUCUUGGCUGUUUUGCUUAUUUUCAUCACAAACCCGCUGCCAUCUUUCACAUGGGAUACUGAUCUGGAGCUAUUUGACUUGGUGGAAGAGAUUCAGCAGAACUUUUAUGAAUUUCUGGCGGUUGCUCAGGAUGCUUCAUCUGCAGACAUUAGGAAAGCCUACCGCAAGCUGUCUCUGACCUUGCACCCGGACAAGAACAAAGAUGAGAAUGCAGAAACCCAAUUUAGACAACUGGUUGCUAUUUAUGAAGUCCUGAAAGAUGAGGAAAGGAGACAGCGGUACAAUGAUAUUCUGGUCAAUGGCCUCCCUGAUUGGCGGCAGCCUGUAUUCUACUACCGGCGAGUGAGAAAGAUGAGCAAUGCUGAGCUGGGGCUGCUUCUCUUUAUUAUACUCACUGUCGGCCAUUACGCUGUCAUCUGGUCAAUAUAUCUGGAGAAGCAACUGGACGAGCUUCUGAGUCGUAAGAAGAGAGAAAAAAGGAGAAAGACUGGGAACAAGGGAGCGGAGGAUGUCAAAGAAAAGAAUGAGAGGUCUUCUGACAAACCCCAGUGGCAUGACAUUCUGCCAUUCAAACUCGGAAUAUGGCUUUAUUUUUCUGUGAAAUCUCUACCCCAGCUAAUACAGGAUGUCAAACAGUAUUAUGAAGACUACAAAGAACUGAAGAUAAAAGAGAAAGAAGCAGCCCAGGCCCAGGCUGAACAAGAAGCCACACAAAAAGAAAAGAGGCCUAAAGUGAAGAAGGUGAAAUCUGAGUUUCCAGUCUACACUGCUUAUUCAGAGGACAAUGCCUUUGCGCCAUCCUACGAUCAGGGCUCUACCAUUGAAGAUAUUGAGGAACAAAUUAAUGAUUGGCUAGAAGACAAAAGACGAUCACAGAAGAAAAAGGCACUUGAAUGGACAGAAGAGGACCUCAGUCAGCUUACAAGAAGUAUGGUUAAGUUCCCAGGAGGGACCCCGGGUCGAUGGGAAAAGAUUGCUCACGAUUUGGGUCGAUCAGUGGUAGAUGUAACUUCCAAAGUCAAGCAACUCAAAGACUGCGUUGCCAGCACUUCAGGUACAGUUAGGUUCUCUGAACUAAAAUCCACUGCCCAAACCACCAAGGCAUUGAAAGGAGGAGCAGCAGGUUUACCAGAUGACAUUAUCACAAAGCGGGAGGAGGAGGAGGAGGAGAUUGAUAACCCUACUCAGGACGCAGCGACACGCAGAGAUACUGGAGGAAACCAAACCGCUGUUGCAGGAACAGAGGCCAGACAUCGCAAGAGAAAAGUGGCAAAGGCCCCAGAAAUAACAGUCAUGAUCAAAGAUGACUCUGAGGAAAAGCACAAAGGGAGGCGGCAGAGGGACUUUGAUAGCAAGGCGCUGGAUGACGACAGCAGUGAGGAAAAAAAAGGGAAAGAUAGAGGUGAACCUGCAGAGGAGGUGUGGACUCAAAACCAGCAGAAACUGCUUGAACUGGCCCUGCAGCAGUAUCCGAAGGGGACCGCAGAGCGAUGGGAUAAGAUAGCCAAAUGUGUUCCAGGAAAAUCAAAGGAAGAGUCCAUGAUGCGAUAUAAGCUACUGGCGGAAUUGGUACAAAAGAGGAAACAGGCCACGAGCUGAGCUGAAACAUGCAAUGCCAGGACUCUUGUUUUAAAGUGUCAAGCCUUUUAAUUCCCUGUUUUUUGUGUUACAUGCCUUAAUUGAACACCAAUAAACAUGAUACAUUUUGCUU